CAGAGCUUUUUAGGCUUUUACUUAGGAAGGGCUAACGAGACACACCUGUAUCUUCGCCUCUUAUUAACAAGUUACAUAUUGUGAUGAAGAUGUGAGAAAUACAUUUACAACGAAGGGGUACCAUCUCUUCACCAACUGGACCCGACCAGGUGUAUUUCGUGUCAUUCCUCAUGAAAACGUCAUUGGAUCUCACUUAUCCCUUCCCGAUUUCUGGAUCUGCUACAUUUGGAAAAUGGCAAAUCAGGGUGAGCAAUAUGAGAAUUCCUGGUUCCUGUAUCACGUCCUCGACAGGUUUAUAGGGAGUCGUGAGGUUGUGGCCGCCAGGAGAAGGAUGACAGUUUUAAUGGAGCACUUUAACAAUCAAGAAACAACAUGUCUCCAAGGAUUCGAUACAGGAAGCGUAGCCGAAGGAGUGGUCAUGCAAGGCUCGGACGUCGACAUGAUGCUACAUGAUAAGGCUGUGAUAGUUUUGUGCCAAUAUCCGGAUACUAGUUUUCAAUCAGACUACAAGGAUAAAACAGUUUUAGUGAUGAGAGACGCUGACAGCAGACCUGGCUAUGUAACCCUGGAAUUAGUUCAGCUGGGCGAAAGAGUUCAUGAACACGUGAUCGAAUCUAUUAUUCCAGAUAGAGAUGCAUAUUUCAUAUCAAGUGAAAUAUACACAAGAUGUGACCAGGAUAGCAUGAGCGGACACUUCCAGUUGCCCACGGAAAUUCAUGGUCCAGCUUGUACUAUGGAAUAUGAACAUAAUAACUUAAAUGUAGAUUAUGUGAAAUCUUUCCGGUGUUAUCGUUGGCCUAAGGAGGCAGGUGAGUGGGUGACUAGGCCCCGCCUUUAUAACUGGCCAGAUCAAGCUUUGAGAGAUCAGAUAGUACAAGGUGGUUGUCAUCUUGUCCCUGUGGGAGACAAAACGUCUGCUGACACAUUCCUACAAUGGAGGAUUUCGUUCACGACUGCGGAAAGGAAACUCAUGUAUUCUCUCACUCAUGUACAAUAUUUAGUGUACGGACUUCUCAAGUACUUCCUCAAACAGAUAUCUGACAUGUUGAAACAGUUAGCAGGAGAUAUAGAUAUCAUAUCAUCAUAUAUUAUAAAAACUGUUAUUUUCCACGCAGUGGAAAACACGCCUGGUCUGCUUUGGCAAGAAAAAUACACAUUUCUCUGUUUCAUAUUAUGUUUAAACAUUCUGAUAACAUGGGUGAAGACAGGAUAUUGUCCUAAUUACUUCAUUAAAGGAAACAAUAUGUUUCUUGGGAAAGUUCACGGUGAAAAUCAACGAAAGCUCCUUCAUUUUCUGGUUGAUCUCUAUGAUAAGAAAUGGGGUUGUCUUUCAGUUGGAACAUUCAUACAACCAUCCAUAGGAGAACUUGUUGAUAGAGUAAGGAAUGGAGACUGGGAAUAUGUUCUACCUCCUUCAACACGAUUAGAACUGGUGUGUGAUGAAGUGGUGCUGGUUGACACAUUCUCAUUCGUAUGUAAGUGUUCUCCCAAGGUAAUUCCUGCUUCUCUUUCACUCCUCUCAAAAUCACAGUCAGACAUGGAUGAAUUCAUACCUUACACAUUUAUGGCAAUGGCGGUAUGUCACAAAGGAAUGGAGGGUUUCCAGAAACAUAAUACAGCGAGGGGAAAUAAAGAGAAGUACAAAUCGCUCAGGAAAUCCAAGAAACUUCUGACACCAAUUGCAUCAAUGUGUACAAGUCCAGGAGAGUUAACAUUAGCAACAUAUUACUACCAGACUGGGAAUUACAGUAAAGCCCUGGAAAUAUGUGGAAACAUGAUUUCGUCUUUUAAAAUUUAUGUUUUAGACUUUCACUGCAAAGACAAAUAUGAGCAACGCUUCUGUGGACGGGGGUAUACCCUGCUACAGAAAUGUAAGGCUGUCUGUGUAUCAGAUAUCAUGUUCACACAGAAUGCUUUACAUUUCUAUCCGUCACAGUUGCAUCUGGAGGUCGAAAAAUGUCCUCUGGGUGUUCCUCCACUUCCCUUCGCCCUGUUCCUGUCUUUCCUGUGUUACCACGAACUCGGCCACGCUAGGAGACGUGACACAGCAUUGGACUACCUUCGAGCUGUAAAGUAUGACAGGGAACAGGGUGGCAGCAAGAACUGGAUAGUCCACAAUCUCCUUGGUAUCUGCUAUGAGAUGGUUGGAGACACACAGAGAGCAAUCAGGGAAUACAGAGACUCUCUGGGUUCAGUAUCAUUUCAUCAAUACGUUAACCCAGCUAAAGAGAGGAUACAGCGAUUAUAUCAGUUAGAGACAUUUGGAAAACAGCUGGCCUUAUAAAAACAUUCAAUUCAGUGUUUUGGAGGUUUGUUGGUUUAUUUUGUUUAGCGUCCUAUUAACUGCCAGGGUCAUUUAAGCACGUGCCAGGUUUGGAGGUGGAGGAAAGCCGGAGUACCCG